UUUUUCGUUCCAUUCUAAAACUGUCUUAACCAGCGUCAACACAAACAUGCAGAUCUGUCUUUUGAUUAUUGCGGGAAUACUGUGUGCAAUCGGAGUAUCAGAAUGCCUGGACUGCUUUAAUUGUCAAAAUAUCACUGACCCUCAGGCGUGUACAAACACAGGUCAAUGUUCAAACAAUGAGUCCUGCUAUCUGCAAACGCUCCAUUUCGGUAACGAAGUACGUUACAACAUGGGCUGUCAGAACAAUCAGCUGUGCAGUUCCGAUGUCGUUGACCCCAACGUUAUCAUUGGUCGCUCCAUCCAGACCAGACAGCAGUACUCUUGUCAUGAAUGUUGCAGCAGUAACCGAUGCAAUGCACAGCUAUGUGCACACAGUAAACCAACAUCGUGCAUUGACGACGAAACACUGGACUGUGCCCGACUGAACUCCAUCUUUCACGUCUGUGCAGAUAUUCAUCACGCCAAAGUCACUUGUCCUAAGUUUUGCGGACUCUGUCAACUCGUUGAUGGCAAUUGGGCAGAAUGGGGUGCGUGGACGACGUGCAGCGUGACCUGCGAAAAUGGCACGCAGUCACGCAUACGUGACUGCACAAACCCGUCACCCACCAAUGGUGGUCUCAAUUGCACCGGCCCAUCUGUCGACUCAAAAAAAUGUUCUAAACAGCUUUGUCCGGUACAUGGCAACUGGUCAGAAUGGUCCACGUGGUCUGGUUGCACGGUUACGUGUGACGUGGGUCUAAGAAAAAGGUCCAGAACCUGCACUAAUCCCAAACCAGACCGAUUUGGGGACUAUUGCAUCGGAGAUACCUUCGAGAAUACAGUUUGCCUUCAAGAACUAUGCGCAAGCAGAAUACAUGGCAACUGGGCAGAAUGGUCCACGUGGUCUGGUUGUACGGUUACGUGUGACGUGGGUCUACGAAAGAGGUCCAGAACCUGCACUAAUCCUAAACCAGACCGAUUUGGGGACUAUUGCGUCGGGGAUCCCUUCGAGAAUACAGUUUGUCUUCAAGAACCAUGCGCCAACAGAAAUGGAGGCUGGUCGAGCUGGGGUGCGUGGCAAAGCUGUUCAGUCUCUUGUGGAGUGGGUCAGAAGCUGAGGAGCAGGACCUGCACCAGCCCGAGUCCUUCCGCCUACGGCAGGGGUUGUGAGGGCAACUCGGAGACCUCCGCCGUAUGUGUUAACACACCAUGUCAUGUUGCAGCAUUCAACGCUCACGGCUUCCAUGAGUUGUCAAAUUACGACAUUGCAUUUCCCACUGUGAUCUUCAACGAAGGCAAUGCGUACAACCCCAGCACUGGACACUUCACAGCUCCUGUGGACGGGAUAUACUACUUUACUGCCCAAAUCUGCGUUAUUCCCGGGUCGAGUCUUUACUUUUUCUUGGAAAAGGGCAGUGAAAACAUGAGCGUUAAAGUGCGUCUGACAGCUACCAUCCAGCAAGUAUCUAGCAGCACCUAUGUAUGUGAGUCUGCAUCCUGCUCUGUGAAGCUGACAAGGAAUGAGCACGUGUGGGUGAUGAAGGCCCAGCAAUCCAUCGCAUCACAGAUAUAUGAAACUGGUAAUUCUUGGAAUUCAUUUACUGGAACGUUGAUUCAAGAGCUUUAA